AUGGCGAGCGCGACAUCCCGUCCUCUCGAAUAUCUCGAGGGUCUCCCUGGGACAACCUUUUAUAAGCUAUACCAACAACCCUCUACGGCCCUUGCCAUCUUCCGGCGCAUGCUACCUGAUCUAGCAAAAUGCUUCGUCAUGGCUUUGCUUUACCUGAAGGACCCCCUGCCAACCGCAGAUCUAGAGGUCUGGGUCAGCUCGGAUAGCAAGAAGGAACGAGAUACUGCGAUAUCAAUAUUGGGCCGACUUCAUAUUCUCUCUACAACCCUGACCGGCGAAAAUGUCCGAGCUUAUAUGCUCACAAACCCGUUCGCGGCAUCACUUCGACAGGCUUUGAUGGGCGCCGAGGAAUCUCAGUCCUUCGGUGUAUUCUCCCAAGCCCCAGCGCACCUCCAGAUAUCGGUCGCCGACUUGGAUGAAUAUGCCAGACAGCAGUGGGAAGGUGUGAUGGGAUACAUGGUUGGAACAAGCGCUUUCAACAAUGGACAACGCGACACGGUGAACUUGAGCAAGGGCGUCAAGCAGCUUCUCCAGGCAGGGCACCUGGUUGAGGUUCGCGGAAACCGUGUUGAUAUCACAAAGGACGGAUUUGGAUUUGUGCUCCAAGAUGUCAACACUCAGGUUUGGCACAUCUUGAUCCUCUACGUUGAGAGCGCAGAAGCCAUUGGAAUGGACAGUGUCGAGGUCCUGUCUUUCUUGUUCCUUCUCAGCAGUCUUGAGCUCGGACAGUCCUAUGAAAAGAACCAUUUGACCCCCAAUCAACACCGCACUCUGACCGACCUGACGGACUUUGGCAUUGUCUACCAAAAUGACGCCGAUCCAACACGCUUUUAUCCCACCCGCCUUGCAACAACCCUCACGUCUGACUCCAGUGCACUGAGCAACCCAGUCACAGGAUCUCUCACCGGUCCCGUCGGCCAAUCAAGCGGCUCGGGCUCAGGAUUCAUCAUCAUCGAGACCAAUUACCGACUUUACGCAUACACAUCCUCACCUCUGCAAAUAUCACUGAUCUCCCUUUUCACGAAUUUGAAAUACCGCUUCCCCAAUCUGGUGACCGGAAAAAUCACACGACAGUCCGUUCGCAGGGCCAUCGAAAUGGGCAUCACGGCGGACCAAAUCAUCUCAUACCUCUUAUCGCAUGCCCACCCCCAACUGCGAAAACACAGUGCCGCCCAACCCAACAACAAGGGUGUCCCAGCAUCCAUUCUUCCGCCCACAGUGACAGACCAAAUCCGACUGUGGCAGCUAGAACGUGAUCGUCUGCGCGCCACGGCCGGGUUCCUGUUCAAAGAUUUCACGAGCUUGGCCGAAUAUCAAGGCCCUUGCCAGUAUGCCGCGGAGAUCGGUGUGUUGGUUUGGAAAUCCGACCGGAAGCGCAUGUUCUUCGUCACUCGGCAUGAACAGGUCGCUAUGUACCUGCGGAACCAAAAAGCGGGCGGCAAAUAA